AUGGUGUCCGCCCGCCGCCGACCCGGCCCGUUCCGAUCGCUCCGGCCCGGUCCGUCCCCCGCCCCGCCGCGGCACUUCCGCUUCCGGCUUCCGCCGGGCGGUGCCGCUUCCGGGGGCGGCUCCGCCAUGGCCGCGGGGCGCUGCCCCCCCACGCUCCUGCUGCUGGGGGCGGCGGGCGGCGGCAAGAGCCUCCUGGUGCGGCGGCUGCGCCAUAUCCAACGCGAGACACAGCUGAGCGCUGAGGAGCCCGCGGAGCUGGGCGAGCCCCCGGCCACGCUGCCCACGGUGGGCACCAACCUGACGGACCUGCGGCUGCCGCGGAAAGUGACCGUGCGGGAGCUGGGCGGCUGCAUGGGCCCCAUCUGGCCCAGCUACUACAGCGAGUGCAGCGCUCUCCUGUUCGUGGUGGAUGCCUCCAACCCCACCCAGGUCUCCUCGUCCUGCAUCCAGCUGCUCUCUGUGCUCUCUGCAGCGCCGCUCGCCUCUGUGCCCGUCCUGGUCCUCUUCAACAAGAUUGACCUGCCCUGCUACAUGUCCCUGGUGGAGAUGAAGUCACUGUUCCGCAUGCAGGACAUCGUGUCCUGUGCUACGCAGCCCAUCACGAUGCUGGAGACCAGCGCCCGCGAUGGCACCGGCCUGGCCGAGGUCCUGCAGUGGCUUCGGACCACCCUCAAAGACCCCUGCUGACCCCAGCCCUGCCAGGUGCCCGUGGCAGCCCGAGACAAUCCUGUCACAGAAGGAGGUGGCAAAGGAGCAGCUGCCCUGCCUGGUGCUGGGAGCAGAGCCCAGGACAGUGCCGUGGGCUGUUGAUGGACUGCAUCCCUGUAGGACCUCACAGUAAAACUCCCACCAAAUUGUCUAG